CCUAGCCUAGCACGGCAGACGUGUUUAUAUUCUUCGCGAAUGUAGCCAGCUCGUCAACCACCACGAAUUUUGUUAUCGCUAUCGCUAGCCGAGUGGUUUGGUUAUCAUCACUCGCGUAGUUUCCUGGUCGAAUUACUGUAUCCGAGCAUUAGCAUUGUUUUAAUACAUUUUUAAUAGUCUGUUUGUGUCGUUGUUUUGGUGAGCGCGAUAGAUAAGUGACUUGGUUCGAGAACAAUGGAUAUUAUGGAAUCCGAGCUCUAUCAGCAGCUCGAUCAGCUGGAAGAGGAGUUUAAUGUGAUUUUGAGGAAAGACAGUGAUUUUUCCUUGAAUAGACUGAAUAGCAAUAGCGUUACUUCUAUCAACAGUGUCAAUAGUAAUGCGUCUAGGAAGUCUGAAUGGGAGGAUUAUUGGGCAUGCGAGCAAUCCAUCGCUAGUGCCCGAGCAAGUGUAAUGGUAUACGACGAUGUUAACAAAAAGUGGAUUCCAUCGGGCACGUCGUCGGGUCUUUCAAAAGUUCACAUCUACCAACAUACGGUGCACCAGACGUUUCGAGUGGUUGGAAGGAAACUUCACGACCAUGAGGUCGUCAUAAACUGUGCCAUUCUAAAAGGACUGAAAUACAACCAAGCCACAUCGACGUUUCAUCAGUGGCGAGACAAUAAGCAGGUUUACGGAUUAAAUUUUAGCUCUAAAGAAGACGCAGAUUGUUUCGCCAGAGCCAUGUUCCAUUCAUUAGAAGUACUUAGCAACAUAGUUAGGCAACCCGCACCACCUCCCCAAUACGUCCCUCCAACGCAACAAAUUCAGCAACAAAUCCAACAACAAAUUCAACAGCAACCGCCUCAGAUACAAAUGCAACCCCAACCGCCUCAACCCCCUCAAAUGCCACAAAUGCCCCAGCAGCCCCAAUACGACGAAGAUAUGGGUUACCGCACGAUGACCCGCGAAGACGUCGCCAUUCUUCAGGAAAGGAGGAUAUCUUCGAAUCUGAUGUCGCCCCAACAGACCUCCCCCAUGACGCCACAAGUUAAUAACGUGCCUGUGCCACCCGCUAUGCCUAUGGGGGCACCUAGUCCUGUCUCACCCCCACAAAAUGUUCCAGUAGUCAACCAGACGACAGGGCACCAACGGACAGUAAGUGCCCCUCCCGCUCCGCCACCGCCUCCAGGACCUCCUGGUCCACCUCCGAUAACAGCGGCAGCGGCACCACCUCCCCCACCACCACCUCCCAUGAAUAUGUCCAGGUCACAAAGCAGUGACGGUGGCGAAAUCAAUUCUUUAGCUGCACAGUUACAGAAUGCUAGGCUCAAGAGGAAUAGUAAGAAUACUCCUCCCCCGACUGAAAAUAGUGGAUCUUCGACAAGUAGUGGCGGUAGCAGUAAUUAUGGUACUAUAGGAAGAGGUGGAGGCGGUAGUAUGGCCUCCAUGAUGGACGAAAUGGCCAAAACAUUAGCUAGGAGAAGAGCAGCGGUGGAGAAAAAAGUACCGGAUAACGUCGAAGACGAGAAAAAGGCUGCGAUUUGGGAAAAGACCAACACGUUGCCGAGCAAUUCCAAAUUCAGUUCCGAGUCACCUAAAGGCGUUCGAAAACGGUUCGGAUCAGCUUCAGAGGAAACGAUAUUAAAAGUCAAUGGCCUAUCCGAAGUCGGCGGUCUUUCGAUCGGUCCCACGGAAAUGGAGAGUCUUAAAAAUGAGAUAGUCAAAGAAGUCAGAAAAGAAAUCGCGAAAAUGAAACAAGACAUAUUAGAUGCAAUCAAAUCAGAACUGAACCGGAGGUAAUUCACGUGCAAAGUGCAACUACCUUUGCUGUUUAAUAAUUAUUGAAUUUUUUGUAUAAUUUUUACACACGAACCAGACUAAAACGACAAUUUAUAAUAACAUUUAAUAUGUAAGUAAUGAUAAUCUCGAUAUUUCUAACGUAUCCCAUUGUACGUUCUGUUUUUUGAGGUGGAUUAUGGAAAAAGAGUAUUCGCUGUCGUAUACACAUUCAGCUUUUCUGUACAUCUUUAGAAACAACUCAUUUCAUACGAUUUGAACACAUCUGUAACUCAUAACAAACGUUAAAUGUAGAAUGCUCAAAUUUUUCUGACUGGCUACUUUCGGUUUAUUUCGGGAGAUCUAAUAAUUAAUGUACAACGUGGCAACACUGUAACGGGUAAAUUGUAUGACCACUUUAUUUCACGUUAAAAACGGAACGUUUGGCUUAUGCAGAUCAGUGUUGCCAAAACUAUCAGUCACGUGUGGCAAGUAUUCUUUUUCUCAUGAUCAUCUUUCAGUGCGUCACAGUUUUUCGAUUUCUUUCUAACGCAUUAAAUUGUAUGUGACAGAAAAAAAGGCACGUCCGUGAUUACAGACAUUUACAACAUUUAUUCUAGUUAUUCUAGUUGUCGAUAGAUGGCGCCAUAAUAAAAAAAUAUUUUUUUUUAAUUAGAUAAUAAUAUUACAAAUAUAAUCUGUAUAAUUUAUAAGACUAUACAAAUCAAAGAAAAUACCAUUUUAUAAAUGCAAGAAACACAUUUGAUUUGUUUUUAUUCCAAAUUGGAAAUAAAAUGUGACAACUGUCAGAUUUAACUAAAAUGUCAUGUUAGAAUAAAUGUCAUAAAUGUGUAUUAUCACGGACUUACUCGUUUUCCUAUCAUUUGUUACGCACUGAAAAAUGCUCAUGAAAAGGACAAUAGACUGCCGAUAUACGAUUCAUUAUCUAUACGAUAGAAGCGGCAUCGACGCACUUCUAUCGUCCAUAAGGAAUACGUAACCCUAUAUACGCAACGUUUCCUUCUUAACGUGAAAAGCUCUUCUGUAGGUAUAAAAAUAAACCAGUUAUUGACCAAGGAAUGUGAGUGAACAAAAAAUUAAUAGGUGAUCCAUGUAACUGACUCAUUGGUUCUUUCAAUAUACUUCUUAUAAUUUAUCGGUGUUGCCAAUUUGAGAUUUUAAUAGUUAGAUCUUAAGCCGAUCGGAAAAAUAUAAGAAUUGUAUCAGUAUAUAUCAAUUUUUUAGAUUAUUUGUUGUCAAAAUCAAACAGUUUUCGCUAAAAAUUGAAUUUUGUGGAUUCCUACACGGUUUUUCUUGUGGAAAACAUAUAAGUACUGCUUUUAUAUAUUGUGUCUUAUAGGUGCCUGAUGAUUUACAAUAUUAACGUAUAAUGAAGUUUUUACUUCCAGAAAUUAUACAUAUUAUGUUUUUUGUCUUGCAAAUAUGUAACAAUUACUUUCGAAAAUAAAUCCCUUCGGUCAAGCUUGAAGUAUUGACUAACAAGACCAAAAAUCGAAUAGAAAGAGCACAAGAGAAAGAAAAAAAAAAUGAAGUAAAGUGAAUUAUGGCAAGAGAUAAAAUACGAGUUGAUGCGAUUAGUGGAGGAAGGGGAAGUGGAGGAAAAAGAGGCCCAGGGAGACAACGCACUAAUGGUUGAAAAAUGUAAAGCAGUGGAGUGGAAAAGUAAAAUGGGCCAUAAUGAUCGCAAAUGUCCUUAAAUGAUGAGGCACAUGAAGAAAAAGAAGGUGGCAAGAGAGUUAAAUAUACAAGCGAAGAAAAUAAAUUUUACUGUACUACAUUUUUAAUAAGACAAUACAAUGCCAUUUAGGCACACUUUAUAAUCUGGGUAAGAAAUCUAUAUACUUCGUGUGACACAAAAAACCAUUUAAAAUUUUUUUCAAAUUUGGAAAUGCUGUUUGCUACUUCUUAAUUUUAAGUCACGACAACUUCAACUUUUCUUGUAUUUUAAAACUGUACAAAUUCUUUUAACCACUUAAAGUCCUGUGUUUUGGAUCUCUGUGGGCAAAUUUUCAACCAAAUCGAAGUACAUGUAUUUUGAGAAUGAAGGAAAAUGUAAAAAACGGUAUUUUAACGUUAUAAUGCCGUAUUAACUUGUUAUAAUGCCGUAUAGUGCUAUUUUUGAGUCCUUUCUAUUAAAAUAUUUUUUCCAUUGAUACUUUACGAUGAAAAAGGCAAAUUUGUGUAAAUAAAUACCAAAUCACUGUAAAAUUGCUUAAUAUGAUAUUUUGGAAAAAAAAAGAAGAAUAAGGAGACGGUUCGAGCUUAAAUGUCUUACUAUUACGUUCCGCAGAAGCUAUACACCAAUUUUCAGACAAAUCGGAAAACCAAAAAUUUUUCGGAACAAAUCCAAAAUUGGUUGGUUUGAUAUGGAAUCAUCCUAAUAUUUUUUCAUAAGAAAACAUAUUUUAUAAAACUAUGGCAACAUUGGUUAAAAUGAUCCUUCGUGAGCUUAUGAAACGGUUGUCAUUAGUGUCAUUUCUUGUUGUUUCAUGGUAUAUAAUUGUGGAUAAUGGCAAUGGCUUUUAGCAAUAAGAUGUAGGUACUUUAAAUGGAAAUUAUAUAAAAAAGCAUGUGUGUGUACUUUGUAUGCACAUAAGAAGUUAUACUUCUAUUAUAUAAUUUCAACGAAACAAAUAUACUUAACAGUUUAUUUGUAUUUUAUUUAAAUAUUAAACUAACCUUCUUACCUACCACUUUCAAAAAAAAUUUAUUAAAACAAUACCAAAAAUUAACAAAUGAAUCGUCCGUGAUUUGAACCCGGGACCUCUCGAUCUCUGGUCCAAUGCUGAACCAAACAAGCUAUCAAGCCCCGUCUACGUGGUGUCUCGGAUAUAAUUACACAUCACGGUGGCAAACAGAUCAAGUGAAGUAUAAAAAUGUUAUAAUAGAUAUUUUAUUAUCUUACUCCCGAGGAAGACAAAUCCAAAGACACAAAAAUUAUAAUAAAUAAUACAUUUACUAAAAACACUAAUAUAUUCUUUUAAUGACUUACUUGCGCUGAUACAUACAUAACUUGAAAGAUUAGCAACGAACUACAUACUGUCUGUGCGCAUGCGCCCAGAAUUAUAAAAUUUCACUCUCAAUCGUAAAGAAGUAUUACUUCAAAAAAUAACGUCUUCCGCACUAAAAACGUGCCUAUCCGUGACAAAUGUUGACGAUCAUCAUGGCUAUCUUUAUCUUUAUCAUGGCAAAACAUCUGUGUAGCGGAAAAACUGCAUGGAUAUUUUGUUGAACCAGGGUCUGACGUUCAUUAACCAGAAUAUUUUUAAUUGCCAAUAAGAGGACCAAGCUGAGCGAAAAUACAAAUUACUUUUCAGAAGAUGGCAGUCAUUCCUUGACGAAGAGGAGGGUAUUCAUCUAUUAAAACUUUUAAAACUAUGAAUAAUUAUUUCUACAAUGUUCACAUUAUACUCCAUUUUGGAUGAAGUGGUGCAUCUAGUCAAUUAAAUUUGUCCAAAUGUCCAAAAACUAUAAGUGGACAGAUUUGCUUCUAAAUACUGUAACAAUUGCACAAAAAUUGAUAAGGACUGUGUCUUCUUUUGUGAUCCAGUUUUGACUUUUUAAUUGUAAAUAUACACAAAACUGGUCAUUUAACUUAACCGAUACUUGAAUUGCUAACGAAGCUCUUUUAGCAUCAAUUUUGAAGUAAAAUAGAUGUAUACUUAUUUGCAGCACCUUUGUGUAAAAAAAAUCUUUCUGAUUUUUCUAUUAGCUCCUUUCGUUUUUAACGACACAUUUUCUUGAAACGUGCUACAAUAAUGAAAAAGCAAUAAAUCAUUUGCUCAAAAAUUGAUAUUUUAUGCAAAGUACAGUUUUCCACAAGAAUAUAGUUGUUCCAUUAUGUCUUUGCACAAACGUCAUGAUUCAUUUGCAAACAAGUUAACAAGUUAAAUCAAAACAUUAAGCGAAACUUACGUCGAUAUGUAAUAUCAUUGAUAUGUACUGUCAAUGUAAUAAAAAUUUGUAGGUUAGAAAAUAUUAGUUGUGUCAUUAGCGUAAAAAUAAAUACUUACCGGAAGUAAGCAAAUUAAGAGAGCAAUAGUUAGUCGUUAUAACAAUUAUGUUUGAAAAUAAAAAUUACAACGACAUAUACAACCCUAAUAACACCAAACAUUCCAUGUAUGUUCCUAGAAUGUACACAGGAUAUUGAAAAAAUUCCUGGAAUGUCCUCAAAAGCACAAGAAUGUCCCCUAAAUGUCCCAGGAAAGUCCUCUGUCAGCAUUUUAAACAUUCCUUGAAUGUCUUGUUGGAACAUUCCAUGAAUGUCUACGAAUGUUCUUUGGACAUUCACAGUAUAUUUUUUAUACAUUCCCUGGAUAUAGUCGCUGAUGUGACAUAAUACCUCUGAUUUGUUUUUUCAUGAGUUUUGUAAGAGAGACUAAAAAGUUUUUUACAGUCACCUCCUAUUUUCAUAUGAUAGUUUUUGAUAUGUUUUGUAGUAAAUUCAACUAUCUAUUUCCUACAAAACAUGUCAAAAUUUACAUGUGAAAACAGGGAUGACCCUAAAAAUGGUUUUUCGUCUCCUACAAAAUUGAUGAAAAAGCAGAUAGGAGGUAUUGUCACAGCACCGACGAUAUACCAGAAGUAUAUGUAGCCAUACUUACCAAAUAAUACAUCCUUGAUAAAUAUAAACAUUUUUUUUGCACAAAAUCUUGUCAUAUAUUUUUUUCCAUCAUCACUGCGAUGAUGAUUCAUUGUAUUGAAUUGUACACUACAAUUACAAUCUGGUCAUAACUGACCAAUGAGCAAUUUUAAUUCAACCUAAAUUACUACUGUUCCUUAAAAUGAAGAGCUUACCCCGUAGCGUCUCUUAUCUAAUCUAACAAGAUCGUGCACUAUUCUAACAUACACAGGCACACAAGCACUAUGCUCUGCUUUUUACUAUCACCUAUCACUGAAACUAGUUCAAAAGGCUUUGUCCUCUUCAAUCUUCUAGUUGGCCCAGUAGUAUCGAGGAGCUGGAUUUCCUCAAUAUUCUUGUAGGUACUUAUGAAGUUGUUGCUCGUGACUUCCAACUUUACUCCAACUUUAAAAACAAAUCCAGCUGUAAAAUAUUUAUGUGCCUGAAGGCUUGUAUGCUUUCAUCUGCUGCUUAGAGUAGUAACUGUGAGACUCCACCAGAUAUGUAUAAAUAUCUAAUAGUAAUUUGGCGGAAUGCACUUUACUGUAAAAUCCAAUUCUGACUGAAUUGUAUAUGGAUCUAAAUCCCCAAUUAUUUUCAGCUUCAAUAAAUAUCUAAAACAAUAAAAGAAAUAAUGUUAUUGCUUGCAAAAUUCAUCAAUAUUGAUAAAUAUCAGGGAAAAAUGAACAUUAAAUAAAAAUUGUUUCCCCUACCUUUCUCCAACAUCUGGAGUUUCCAAUAAUAAUUUCCUUAAAUAAUCACUUUGCAUUGUUUAUAAAGUUCACAAAAUACAGCAAACGAAAUCCAAAUGAAUCCAAAAUAGACAAAAUACGACGAUAAACAAUGAGAAAUAGAUUCAUAUUAUAAACAUAACCUCUGUAACUUUUUGUAUGAGAACCAAAAGUCACGUGGUUUGGAUUGCCUAAUACAUAGAUACACGCGCGGAAAAUUUGAAAAUGAACGCAAAUGAAUAGUAAAUGUCCUCUCUUAAAAUAUAGGACAUUGGUACUAUGUUCAUAGAAUGUCUUGUGGUAACAUUCCACCAAUAAUUUAAUCAGAUGUUCACCGAAUGUUCCUUGAAUGUCCAGGACAUUCAAACAUUAAUAGAACUUUGAUAGUACAUUCCUGGAAUGUUUUGUGUUGUUAGGGAAAUACUUGAAAAUUUAAAUAGUAUGAAACACCAAAUAAUAAAUACAACAAAUGCGGUAAUGGCACUGUCACUGAAAAUGAUAAACGUCAAAGUUAAUAGUAAACAAAAUAUCAAAGACAUGCCAUAUUUUUAUCCUUGUUUAACUUAUUGUGGUUUCUAUGGACAAGCGGCUUAAUUUUGCGGUACUAGUUUCUGUUCGUGAAUAAUUUCAUGCAUAUGCAAAGAUAGAAUGGAAGAACUAUAUCACCGUAAAAAGGUAUCCACAAAGGUUCGUACAGAACAGCUGAAGGGUUUUAUUAAAAUUGCUAGAUAGAUGUCGUGAGAAAUUACAGCACUUUUUUAUAUUAAAAUAAUAAGUUUUAACAUAGUAUUUAUUUUACUAUUAUAUAAUUUAUAUUAUAUAUUUAAAAUGUUUUAGUGAUUCCUAUGUUGCGCAGUUGAAGUGAGGGAUUUUUACGCCAUUAUACGGAUUGGUAUUGUAUAUCUGGGAUCUAAGUUUAGACUUCGCAAAGGAAAGAAUUAUUUAAAAAAACUUUAACAUUGAAGUAUAAAACUUCUGUUGUAAUUGGUAUAAGUACUCAUCUUCAUCUACAUCUUCAGCGAACUUUGAAGUACUUACGCUAAUAACCGCAAAACCAAACAAUGGUUGGGCUUAAAUUGUAGACUACAUACUUAAAAGUAUUAAAUUAAACGACAUACAGUCGAUGUUUAAGUCAUUGUUUUAAAUAAAUGUCGCUACAGCGUUUUACAGCAAAUUAUUUCAUAUUUUACUUAGUAAGACGGUUGGUUUUAUAGUCCAAGAGGCAGCGCUGAAAAAUUUCUCUGAAUUUACUAAAGCUAAUUAUUUCACAGUUGAUUACUGUGAUUGUGUAGAGAAACAUACUGCGGUCGGUCAAGCUAAACGUAGAACAUGUAGUACUGACAGCUUGUCAAAAUUGUUUACCUGCGGAGGUAAUUAAAUCCAUUUACUAAGGCUGAAAAUCAGUACACACAUUCUAAAUUGAAUAUAAAUAAAAGUUAUAAUAACUAGGAAGACGACGAAAAGUUAUUAUAGUCGGUCAGCUGUAUGACGGGACAGAGCCGGUCGGUCGGCCCCAAUGAAUGUACAGGGUUAUUCACUAUAUUUUGACCCUCCUCUAAACUGCUUUAUUUACAGAAUUAGAAAAAAAUGUAAAAUACAAAACUGAUUCGAUUUUUAAAUUAUGAUUUUUGACAUAUAUAUCGCACUAGUGACGUCAUCCAUCUGGUCGUGAUGAAGUAAUCGACGAUCUUUUUUUAAUGAGAAUAGGGGUCGUGUCCUAGCUCAUUUGAAAGGUUAUUAAUUCUCUAUUCAGUAAUAUAAACAUUAACUUGAUUGUUUAUACAGGGUGUCCAAAAAAAUUUUUUAAAUAAAUUGUUUAAUUAAUAAUUAAAAAAAAAUUUUGGACAACUUAUAUAAAUAAUGAUUUUAAUGUUUAUAUUACUGCAUAGAGAAUUGAAUAACCUUUCAAAUGAGCUAGCACACAACCCCUAUUCUCAUUUAAGAAAAUAGUCGAUUACGUCAUCACGCCCAGAUGGAUGACGUCACUAGUACGAUAUAUAUGUCAAAAAAUCAUAAUAAAAAAAUCGAAUAACUUUUGUAUUUUACAUUUUUUUCUAAUUCUGUAAAGAAAGCAGAUUACAAGGCUUUAGUAAAUUCAGAGAAAUUUUUCAGAGCUGCCUCUUGGACUAUAACUGUCUUUCAUUUUUUUUAGUUUUACUCCUACCUGAGUACAAGGAAUCAGGAUUCGAUGGAAUUUUACCUAGAUAAAUUGACGGGUUGUGGAAUGCAAUCGUGGAUUCCCCCUAGUCAGCUUUAUUUAUCGUUCAUUUGUCUUGCAAAUUUUAGGAGGAAAAGCAAACGAUAUAAUAAGAUUUCCGAUCUAAGAUUUCUCAUUGUUUUAUUUAUAAUUUAUUUGCUGCAAAUCUACAUGGUAUGUCUCUCUUUAAUUUGAAUACUUUAGGUUUGUACACUACAAAUUUCCCAGAUUACAAUAUCAUGGAAGAUCACUAGAUAUACAUAACGUAGAAUUUUUCAUUUGGUUUUCUCAAUCUACAGUAUUAUGACGGAAGUAUCUUCUAAAUUUUUAUAAAUAUCUUUCCUAAAAUGAAUAAGACAUAUAAUAAAGACUGAAACGAUGUUUAUACAAUUUUAUAAAGGAGGAGUACGGUAUCUUUGACUAAAAAACUUCUACAACUUCACUGCCUGUGACACCUCUAACACACUUUUUUGAUUUUGUACUAUUCUCAUGUGGAUGAGUAGGGAAACAAGAAAUCGGGCAAUGUUUUUCAAUAAUUUUAGAUGCUGAAAGAAAAUUUAAUGACUGAGAAAGAAAUCUACAAAAAGAGCUACUAGACUCGGUUUACAUUUAUGCGAUAAAAUACAAGUUACAGAUGAGUUGGAAGUCAUAUCUGCAUUUAAAAGUUACGAGGGCGAGUCAAUACGUCCAUAACUUGAACGAAACACAGUCUCCUUUGAGUUCUAUACACUUAGGGCCGGUUGUUCGAACGCUAAUCAAAAAUGGAAUCAACUGAUCAUUAUCAAAUAUUUAAUUACUGUGACCAACUGUCAAUGUCAACUUUGAUUGGGUUGAUGAAAACAUAAUUGCAGUUAUGAGAUUAAUUGAUUAAUUAAUAAUUAGUCAAUCAAUGAUGUUAAUUAUCAUAAUGAUAAUUAAUUGAAUACAAUCAACUGAUUGGCGUACGAACAACGGAUUUUGUUAUUUGAUGGUUGUUAAGGGGACUUGAUUAUAAUCAACUUCUUGAUUAGCGUUCGAACAACCGGCCCUAAGUUCAACGUUUCUCCAAUCUUUUUAUAUCUUCGGAAAAAUGUGAUUUGUCGAGAUCAUCAAAAUAGGCAUUUGUUGUUGAGAUGAUUUCAUCGUUGGUGUCAAAUCUUUCUUCAAUUUUGAGAACAAGAAAUAUUCACCCGGGGCUAAAUCUGGAGAAUGGGGCGGAUGAGGAGCAAUUCGGAGCCUAAUUCAUAGAUUUUGCCAUGAAAACUGCACAGCACACAUGUGUGCACUCUUGCAUUAUCCUGGCGGAAAAAAACUUUUCUCUUAGCCAAAUGUGAUCGUUUUUUUUUUCAAUAGGUAACUUGCACAUUUUUUUUAUUACAUAAUAUUGUUCUGUUCUCCAAAAUUUCACGCUUCAAAAACUCAUAAUAUCUUAGAAGUACAAGUUUAAAAUCUUCUGUGAUUUAAAAUAGUUCAAACGACCCGUGACGUCACAUAGUUGAACUAUAUGGUUAUAGUUAGGUAUAUUUUUCUUCUUCUUUAGUUUAUUGGUCUCCACCUUCUUGGGUAUCUGGCCAGCUCAUCGUCGCGGAAUAAGGAAAAAAUAUUUAUAUUCUAAUGACAUUUAUAGUAUGUCAUUGUAAUAAUAUAUACCAGUUUAUUGAGAUUGGAGUUUGAUACAGUUUUUGAAGGAAAGGAAAGAAGGUUUACUAUGGAAAAUAAAACCAUUUUGUAAAAGUACAAAUUUUCUAUGAAUAGGUCAAACGAUCAAAAACACUUGUGACGUCACAUAACUGUAUUUUCUACUGACGUUUAUAAUGUCUAAUUUAAAAUUAUAUACAAUUUUGUUUACUUUGUUGGUGCAGAAUGUAAACAUAUAACCGGAUGACGUCACGACGCGUUUUGGGCUGGCUGGUAUAAUUUGAAUUUUUAAUCGUCUUUAGGGGCCAAACUAAAGACAAAAAAUCUUUUUUAUCUUUGAUAAAUGUUUUAAAUUAUGUUCUGUUGUGAUUUAUAACAUUUUUUCGAAUUUAAAAUUUUAUGCAAGUUCCCUACUAGGCAUCCAAAACGUUUGGCAUCUUCCAUACUUAUACGCUCACAUCGAAAUUAAGUAAACCACUUCUUUACCAUGGAAAUGGAUGGUGCAGAGGUCCCAUAAUAGCUUAGCCUUGGUUUGGGUAAUAGUUUUUUUCCACAAUCAAUAAUGCAUGAGCACACAAAAUUGACUUUUUUACCAUUUUCUUCUCAAAACGCGCGAUAGUUUGCUAUCAGCGGCUGCCAAACAAACUAAAUGACAGAUCUUGUUCAAAUUUAGACCGCAGUCAAGUGAGAGUUGCCUGUUGACAAGAACAGGGUUGCCAUUUAAUUAAGAGGCGGGAAAUUCAAAAAGUCACGCUCUUAUUGGCCCGCUCUCAUACUUUUAAAGGUAGACACUUUAUAUGUGCAAAUAUAGUGUCGUACUAGGAGACUCAGUAAAGUAUCAUCGCUUAGUGUGAUCCUCAUUUAAUAAAAUAAUUUGUAAAUCUCCAGUAGACAGCGAAACCUUCAGCAUAAAACUAGAACAAACAUAAACCGACUCUUGUUUCUUGUACUCCCCCUAAAACCAGUUGCACAAGCUUGUUAUCUCGUUUUUACUACAUUGUAGUCCCAUAUCUUGUACUGCGUAACGCCUGUAUAUAUUCUUAGCUUAAGGACUUCCAUUGACAGUUUUAUCUUGAGAUUGGACACCGAAUACUGAUCAUUACCACUUUUUCUGAGUAUUCCAUUACAUUAUUGUUUGUGUAAGUAUUGUUUUGGUAAGAAUUAUGUACAAGAGGUUAGGUUUUUCUUUAGUUACUAACUACGAAUCAUGAUUUUUGUUCAAUGUCUUUAAUCUGAACACUACCUAGUGCUUGAUGAGGUGAUAACUUGUAGCUAGUCUAUACACCAGCUCAUACUUGUACGACUAUAGCUGAAUAUGAAUGUACAAGCCUACAGAUAUAUCUGAAACCUCGAAGGUCGCGCCGGUAGCAAAUGAAGGAGAGAGGACUUCAGUCGAACGCGUUGUUUCAAAUAGUAAACAUCCAUUUAAAAUGCAUUGUACACGAAAUCAGUGGUUUUGCGACAUUCAACCCUAUUCUGUAACUUUUAACAAAUCGAAUAGAAAUGACCAAGUCGAAUCGUAAUUACCCGAAAUCGGAAUGUUUGAUAUCUAUCGCGUGAUUUUCGUGUUUGGAUUGGAAUUCUGUAACUCACAUCGUAAGCAGGUUAAAUCGAAAUCGGCAAUUUCUAUUUCACGCGGUCAAGAGGGGGUGGCAACCCCGCAUUGUCAAGCGAAAUUAGUGUUCUGUGACCUGUUUGUUACUAGUUCUAAAUUUGAAAUACGGCAUCGUUGCCAUAUCUUCAAUUUUUCAUACUAUCACAUUUACAGUUACAUUUUUAAAAAUAGUUUUGAAAUAACAAAAAAGAAACGUUUUGAAAAGUAAACAAUAAAAUAUCAGUGUAAAUAUUGGACACGAAACCUCAAAAGAUGAUAAAUGGUUUCAAAUCAAAGUUAAUUAAAAUUGUUAUAAAAAGAAGAUAAACUGAUAAAUAAAAAAGGUAAUGAGGAUAAGAUGUAUCAUGUAAGAUACAUCUACAUCAUACUAAUAAUUAUAUUACUAAUAAUUAUACAAUCUUAAGAUUUGAUUCCAGCUAGAAUAACUUAUAAACAACUUUUCCCAAAAACAGCGUCUUUUCUAUAAGUAUUUUCUUUUCUCUAAUAUGUAUCAAUCAACGCUAUAAGUCUCUAUUUAUAUUUUAAACAUUCUUGUACAAUCUAUUCUUGUACAUUAUGCCAUUGAUUGAAAUUGUGCAAGAAAUAAACAAAAAAAGUUUGGCAACGCUGUGACUGGCAAACAUUCAGCAUUCAGAAUCUGAAUUUCGGAUGCCAAAUCAAUUUUAAGGUUAGGUUUCAUGCAUACUCGUACAUGUCUAAAUUAAAUAUACCUACAAUUCCCUAAGUAAAUACCACCUCAGACUAAAAAUUAGAUACAGAUACAAAAGGUAAAAAUACUAUAAAUAAUGAUAAAUAAGUAGUAAUAAAUUAUUUUUAGUAGCUAUAAAAUAUAAACGUCAAAACAAAAUACAAUGCGCUUGCGUCAAGCACAAUUCCGAUUAUCGAAAUCUAAUUUCGACAGGGUAAAUGGUGUCGAAGUCAUUUCUAUUCACUAUUCCGAUUGUAGAGAUUCCGAGGGAGUUAUGGAAUACCGAUUUUGACUAUUUCUAUUCGACUUGGCUACUUUAUUCGAUUUUCCUGACUUCUAUCAUCGAAAUGAGUUACAGAAUGGAAAUGAUUGUCAGAUAAAAUCGUCGAAUAGUUGUUUAGUUAGAAUACAUUUAAUACGUUUUUAAUAAUCAUUAAUAUUAUAAGUGCCGUGAAAAAUAGGACACUAACUGCACAAUCCUGUGAUAGUAUAAACAUAGGUAGUUUUAAAAUUUACGCGGAAGCAAAUUUUACUGUGAAACAGGUAAUAAAUAAAAAACCGAAAAACCUGUGAAACAGAUACAGAUAUUUCUGUCGGUUUGUACUUAUCAAUAGAAUCUCCCUUUAAAUAAUACAUGCCUACACGCUAGAGUCUAGAGAGAAAUUCACACCAAGAGUGCAGUACGGCUAAGAGAGGGCAAUACAUUUCUAAUGGGGAAUAAACGCACAGGGUUGUCGGUCUUCACCAGUUGUUGAUUGCUCUCUCAAGAGCGUCGAACAGGAACUGUGGCAACACUGAAUGCGCCUUCCUAUCUUAACCGUACUGCACUCCCAGUGUGAAUUUCACAAUAGAGGUUAAUACAUUGGUUAUAGAAUAAAAUAACAAUGUACACAGUAAAGGCUUAGACUUAAUCAUGAUCUUUAAGAAGUCGGUUUUAAGAAGUUAUAAUUAACUGAUUGUACGUAAUGCUUACACUUUAUUUACUGAGAUAUAAAAAUAAGGUUAGUGAGUGUAGAGGUAUGAAAUGUCAAGUCUUCUAUACCACCGUAAAUAUAUUGAGGCUCUAUUUUAAUGUUUAAUUUGCUAUAAAUUGAAAUAGUUUGUAUAGAAUAUGUUGCAUCAAAAACAGUAUAGAAAGAGGUAAUAAUUGCGCAAUUGUUGAUCAUUUUUAUCAAUGCAAGAGGCACCGGAAGUUAUGGAAACGCCAAAGCAAGUCACAAAGCUCAGAGAAAUGGAAUGAAAUUCUGAAUCUCCGUAUAAUAGUUGAGCGGUUUUCUUCUUCAUGUACUAUGUUCUUUCAGAACGUUGUUUACCAUCAUAGCUAUCUUAAUUUUAUUCACUGCCACCCUAAAUAGCAUACUUGUAUCAAUACCAUACCAAUCUCACAAGUUCUUCAACCUGAAGUCUUUCUUCGUCAUGGACUGUGUUUGCCUGCUAUUUUCCGUUCCGUUUUUUUUUGGAACAGGCUUUUGCCAUUCAGCCAGUCACAACUUUUUUAAGUUCUUCCUAAAGCAAAGAAAAGAAAGUAAUUAUCACAAUACCUAUUUGAUUAUCAGUAAGGAAUAACAUGGUUACUCGCGUCUCGUCUAGGGACCCAUCAAGACAUUAAAUUAAUACACAAACUAGAAAGAUACUGUAUUAAAACGAGCGAUUUCGUAUUUAUAUACGACUUUAUUAAUUAUUUAUUGAUACAAGUUUUCUUUUACAAACUCUAGCUUAAAACUGAACUCUAUUUACAAAAUAUAUUCCUAUUUAUAGCUCAGCCGUUAUUCUGGAACAAUCCACGCUCAUCUCUAGUUAUCAUCUCCGCCCGCUUACCUGAGGUACGUUUUCGAACACCGUUCUUUACCCCUCUGCCGCCGCCCGCCGCCUCGAACAUUCGAUUACGUCAUACACGUCUCGAUUUGUGUAGUGGCGGCAGAGGGGUAAAGAACGGUGUUCGAGAACGUAUCUCAGGUAAGCGGGCGGAGCCGAUAGCUAGAAAUGAGCGUGGAUUGUUCCAGAAUAACGGCUGGGCUAUAAAUAGGAAUAUAUUUUGUAAAUAGAGUUCAGUUUUAAGCUAGAGUUUGUAAAAGAAAACUUGUAUAAAUAAAUAAUUAAUAAAGUCGUAUAUAAAUACGAAAUCGCUCGUUUUGUUACAGUGGUGUCAGGUGUGGGGUAAACUUAGUGUGAUAUAAAUACGUGAAUUAGAGAAAGACUUAAAAGGCUUUUGAACUUUAUAUGGGGGGUCGGUCAAGAGUUCUCUUUCGUUACAAUACACAAUUUGAUCAACUUGCCUAAGUUUGGUACUAUUAAUUAUCAAUUUGGUUUCAAUUAAAUAUCAAGUAUCUUCUUUUCUAUUAAAAAUAAUAUCUUAUGUUCUGGAAUCCGUUUUUGAAAGUUCUCUCUGUUUGGCCUAUGUAAAUUUUUUGAAAAUCCCUACAAUUGUUAAACAAGUGAAUUUUUGUUACAAUAUUAGUUCGUAUAUGUACUAACUGGUGCUUCUUGUAAUGAAAUUGGUUUAAAAAAUGUACAAAUGAUAAGUAUUUUCGCAGAUUUUAAGUUGUAUAGAAGACUUGUGAUAUUGUAAAAAUAUUAACCAGGAAUCUUAGAACCUAGUGCCAAUACUAGACUCUACCUACGAAUAUCUCAGUGUUGGUAAUGAUUGGAAAAUUUGUUUUUGACAUAUAUUGAAGUUGCUCCAUCGAGUAUUUGGGUACUCGGACGAACAAAAAGAGAAAAUGGCCGUGUAUAUUAUAGAAUUCAUUAGAAAGCUUGAUAGAGUAGCGUAAAAAUCAUAUUAUACAUCGAAAUGUCAGAACACGGGUCUAACUUUUCAUCAAAUAUUUCAAUUGUCCCUAGUUAAAUAUUAAAAAAGAUGUCACCGAUAUGUCUUGACUUUCAGGCGCCAUUUUUGUCGAAAUAUUGUGUAUUUGUACACCUUUUUGUGAAUUUAUUUAUUGCAAUAAAUGUUGAUCCUUCUAGCGAGUUUUAGGAAAAGAAAGGAUCUGACCUAACCUAACAUAACCUAGAAAAAAUGGCGUCUAAUGUCACACUAUAGACCAUUCCAGGGUGACGUCAUUUGACAGCGACUGGUGGGCAAAAUAUUGUAAACAAACUAGGUUAAGUGUAGAAAACCAUUGUUUAAUUAAGAAUAUGAUUAAAAUACCAGCGUUUUGUUCAGUUUGAAAGUGUUCCAGUAAAGGUAAAAGAGAUAAAGUAAGUUUUUUUUAUAAUACCAGCCGCAUUUAAAGACCGAAAUGUUUUAAAUCACUAUAAUCACAAUACACUGUAAACAGAACGACGAUAUGGGCCAAGAAAACUGAUUUUCUGAUUAUACCGGGUUUUUGCAUCCCCUACGAGGGUGUCCUAUAUCCAAUAUUUGAAAUUUUUGUAGUUAAAACCACAGAUUUUUUAUAAUAAGGCGAGAAAAUAGCAAAAAUAACACCAUAAACACAAUGUUUGCCCCUCGGCAACGGUGUCGAAAGUCACGUGACCUGGAAUGGUCAAUUAUGACAAAUUUAUUAAACAAUCAAAAUUAGCAAAAUUAUAAUUGCUUCAUAAACUGUGUAGUUCAAAUAGGUAUAAUAUCGUCUUCCAUACUGAAAAUUUACUGAUUUUUUUAAUUUCUCGAUAGUUAUUGAAAAAAAGUAGGUAGUGUGGAACUUGCUUAUAGAUCUAGACAGCUUCUUUUGAUUGGAUUUAGAUAAUCUUAGGAAACGAAUUUUAGGAAAAAGCCUAAGAAGAUGGCUUGGAUGUAGGUAAAGGUGAAGUGAAAGAUAGUAAAACAAAACAGGAAAUUAACAACUGAAUAAAAUCAACCGAAAUUGGAAUAAAAUAAUUGAUAACGUUACACCCUUACAUGACAUUAGUAACGUAAGGUUGCUAUGUUUCCAAAAUACGUUUCUUAACAGUAUAUUCCUCUUUUUUAGCUGAAAUGUAGUUGAUUCAUCGAUCUUUACGAAUCAUUUUUGCAAAUCAAAAUAAUACGUUCUACUAUAGAAAAUUAUAGUCGAGUAGCUAAAUUAUCGAUCGAAAUAUUUGUUGAACAGUUACGACCCCUCCAUCAAAUCUUUUGAAUUGUUACGUUUACCUUAUAAGGAAAUUUUUGAAACGCGAGCGAGGUUUGUAUAAAAAGAAAUAUAAUCAUUGGUAAAAGAUUUUAAUUAUACUAAUUAUAACUUUGUGAUAUUGUAUUAAUCUAUUGCAUUUAUUUUCUUUGUAAAUUAUUAUCAUGUACUUUUUCGGGACAAGACAUCUUGUAACGUGACACUUCGUAACGCCACAAAUGGUAACGCCGUUAAUUCGUAACGGCGACACUUUGUCACAUCGACAGUUCGGAACUAUAACUUCGUAACGGUAUAAUUCGUAACGUCAAAUGGAAUUAUUCUGUUUAUUUUUGUUGACUUGGAAACGAACUUUUAUUAUGGUUGCAAUAAUAGUAUAUUAUUUUUAAAUUUCCUCUUCGCUGCAAAAUACAUUUAUUGGAUAGAUACAGUGAUGCUAAAUUUGCCAAAAGAAAAACUAAAAAGUAUUGGCGUUACGAAUUAUACCGUUACGAACUAUCGACGUUACGAAUUAAGGCGUUACGGAUUGUCCGUUACCAUUUGUGUGGUUACGGACCGUUGCGUUACUAGAUGUCAUGUAACCGUACUUUAUAUAUAUACGUAUUUAUGCGCAUAUGUCUUAUAGUUAUUCGGGUGGCUCGAAGAGUAAUAGAGUUAAAGUAAUGGUCUUACGCUGUUGAGUUAUUAGGAAUGACAAAGCGAGCUGCAAGCUAAUGAUUUAGACGUCUUUAUUACUCUUUGAGCUACCGGGAUGACAGGGAGUGCUGUAAUUCAUUGGAAAAUAACUAAGGUGUGACAGAUGACAUCAAAAACGCGGUGUAGCUUUAAUUGUUACUUUUUUUCUAUCUAGAAAGUGUUCAGUUAACGAAAAUGGUAUCAACUUUACCGUUGCCACUAGAUUGCGUUUGUGAUAUUUAAUUUAUACAAAUAAAUCUCUCUCUAACAAUAAAACACUGAAAACGAUUGUUUUCUAUACUUCCACAAAAUUUAUUACAACUAUGUGACUACAGCUGUUUCGGCAGAGUGCCUUUCUCAAGUGAUUUAGUUUACUAUGUGUUUGCCUUUUUAAAGUCUUUAACUGAAGAGGUUGAGGAGGGGAGCUGUUUGUCUCGAGUUGGUCAUUCAGAAUUAUAUCAUUAUUUUUCAAUUUAUUAAUUUCCAUAGAUUCUAAUAAAGAUAGCUUAAGGCCUAUUGCCAAUUAUUAUAUAAGGAUUUUGAAUAUGCAGAAUUUGAAACUGUUCAUUAAAAUAAUGAUUAUGAUCUAGAAGGUGAAGUGCGUAUGUAUACGUGUCUGUUUUUCUAUUGUUGAAAGCCUUUUUGUGUUCUGCUAUCCGUUUGUCAAAGGUUCUGCCAGUUUUACCGAUGUAAGUUUUCGGACAGUCACCACAAGUUAGUUUGUAAACACCACUCUGUAGUUGUUUUCUCAUUCGGCUCUUAUUGUUCUUAAUAUAUUUGCUUAAGUUGUUGUUAGUUCUGAAAGCUGGUGUUAUUCCUUUCUUUUUUAUGUAUCUGGCUAUUUUUGUUGUUAUCUUGUGAUAUAUGUGAUAGAGCAGAAGGUACUGGGUUCUUUCUGUGGUGGUGGAUAGACUAAUUUCAGGGCUUUCUUAUGGAGUUUUUGGUUUAAAAUUUUGUUAAUUGUUUGUUCGUUAUAGCCAUUGUUUACUGCUAUUUGUUUAAUGAUGUUCAGUUCUAUCUAGAAGUUAUUUUUUGACAUGGGAAUUUCUGUCAGUCUAUGUAUCAUGCUAUGGUAGGCUUCUAAUUUGUGUUGUGUAGGAUGGGAUGAUGAAUUGUGUAUAGUUAUAUCAGUAUGGGUAUGUUUAUGAUAUACGGAGAACUCAUGUUUGUUGUGUAGUCUGGUAAUUGUAACAUCUAGAAAGUUUAUGGACUUAUUCUGUUCUGUUUCUAUUGUAAACUCAAUAUUACUAUGAAGUGAAUUAAUGUAUGAUAGAAAUUGGUCAAGUUCCCUGUUAGUUCCUGUAAAGCAUACUAGUAUAUCAUCCACAUAUCUCCACCAAUAUAAGAACUGUUUAAAUACGGGAUGUUUAGAAAUUGUUUCAAGCUGGUUCAUGAAUUAUGAAUGGGAUUAGAGGAUUACCCAUAAUAAGUCCUGAACUGUUGUUUGUGUAUAUUUGUUUAUUGAAUUCAAAAUAGUCUUGAUUUAUGCAAAUUUCAAGAAGGUGUAAAAUUUCAGAUGCAAUGAUCGAAUUUGUACUAUUAUGGUCUAAAAGAUUUUUAACUAAAACAAUCUCUCUCUCUUUCUGUCUUGUCGUCUUCCCAUUCUUGAGGAUCGUGUUUUACUCAAAUACUUCUAACAAAUUUGCUCCAUUGCAUUUCUUGUUUAUUUGGUGCUAUAAGUGUAGUGUCAUCAGCAAAUCUUUAAUUGGAGUUUUUCUACCAGCCAACGUUACUCCACCUAUCCAUUUUUCUAAAGCUAUUCUCAUAAAAAGUGCACCAUAAAGGUUGAAUAAGUCAGGUUAUAAAACACAACAAACAACCUUGUCUAGCCCCUCUCUCUGCUCUGAAUUGACUUGAGAACCUGUGAUCUAGUGAUGUUGCCAUAUUGACUGUUAAAUAAGUCACCAGUUGUAUCGGUGUCUCAUCUCAAAGAUUGCACAAUCAAAUGCCUUCUAGUGGUAAACAAAGCAUAUUAUCAAGGGUGCUUGAAAUUCUCUCAACAUCUCAAUUAGCUGUCUCAUCAGUACUUGCUCAUUCCGCUUGUUCCUGCGGUAUAAUAUUGUAGGUGUAGGUAAAUUUUUAAUCUGUGUUUGAUGAUAUGCAGCAAAAUUUUACAUUACAUCUAUUCUGCGUUCCGCAGUCACUUUGCAGUGUGGGCAGCAUAUCCCAAUAUAAAACUUAUGGAACCUUGCAGCUCAGUGUUGCCGGUUUUAAGCAGACGAACUUAAAGUCCGUCUAAAUACAAUAUUCCAGAAGUCAAAAACAUCUUAAUUUGAAAAUCUGUGGGUUUUAUUAUUUUUAAAUAAUUCAUAGAUAGGUACUAUGAAAGAUAUUUAUACGAUAUUAAAGAUAUAUCCACUUGCUUCCGUACAGCCAUGAUGUGAACUUGUCAGAUAGAGCUCAUUGGUACCUCGGGCGAAAAACAUUGGAUAUUUUAUUCAUCCAUGUUAUAAUUCACAUCUUUGUCAUAUGUUCCGAUGACGGAUCAAUUGUAAAGGGUUUUUACCCAUAUAUUUUUACUUUGGUGGUUAGCAUGUAGAUUCUAAGAUUGCACUGAUGAUGAUCGGUCAACCGAUCGAAAACUAGUUCUGUCUUUGAUGUAGCCCUGUAUAGGGAUUUUAACAAAUAUACCUUUUAUAAAGGAUAUAUCAUUUGAAUAUUAAUUUUAAUUAGCCUGUGAUUAAUAUUAUAUUUAAUAGUUAUUUAUGAUAUAAAUAUUAAAAGUACAAUUUUAAGGCACGCAUGUGAAAGUUUGCAGAAUGAGCGAAGCGAAUUCUGCAAUUCACAUGAGUACCUUAAAAUUGUACUUUUUAACACGUGUACUUUGUACGCACGUAAGAAGUUAUACUUCUAUUAUAUGAUUUCAACGAAAUAAAUAUACUUUCAACAGGUUAUUUGUAUUUAAAGAUUAAACUAAUUUUUACUUACUACUUUCCAAAAAUUUUUAUUAAAACAAUACUAAAAAUAAAAAAAAAAGUUAGAUAACACACGGAUUCGAACCGGCGACCUCUCGCUCUCCGGUCUAACGCGCUACCACCGAGCCAAACUCCCUUUGCUUUGACAGCUUACAAGAUUUCUCAUACAUACUGACAAAUUUAAUAGACCAAGUGAGGUAUAAAAUAGUUUAAAAUUUAUUUAAUAUAAAUAUUAAAAUCUCUUGGCAACACUGUCCUUCAUAAGAGUCUGUACUGAAAGGUGACCGUGGAACGCAGUAUAGUAGUGGCUCCUUUUUUUAUUUAGUGGAAUAUAAAUAAACCAAUCAGAUGGCGAUUUUUCCGACUUAUAAAGAACGACACAUAUAGAAUACAGGAUAUAUAAUCCUUUGUCACCUAGUGACUGCAGAAUUUCUCCCGGUAUUGUGUCGAUUCCUGGGGAUUUAUUUCUCUUUAACGAUUUAAUUGCGUUUUUUACUUCAGAGAGUAAUAAAGUAGUUUCUCUAGGGCAAUCGGAGGGCCAUAUAUUUUUUGCUGGAGUUUCGUUCUUUUAUUAAAGUAUAUUAAACAGAGUAUUUAGUUGAUAGAAAAGUUUAACGCCAACUAUUUUUAGAAGAAAAAUAGUAAAACUAAACAAAAGGUUAACAAAUAAAUAAAAUCAAAAGAAAUUGGAAUAAAAAAAUAUGGAAUUGACAUUAUUCUAACGUGGCCUACAAAUCUAAGUAUCAGAAUGAACUUUCGAAAAAAAAAACUGAAUCAUCCGUAAUUUGGUCUUUAAAGAAAACACAUCUUGCAAAAUUUUCGGAACAUUAAUGAACUAGGCAUGCUCUAAUUAGUGCCAUCUGUAGGCUAUAGUGGUAUUAAUACCAAUUUAAUAAACUGAACGUUUUAUAGAACGAAAACGAGAAACAUUUUUUGCUAAAUAACGCGUUGUUUUGACGUCAGCUGUCACUAUAUAGCUAAUAUCCAAUGAAUUACUGUACAUCCCGUAUUUAAUUAAUAAAAUCAUAAAAUGAGCAUGUUGUAUAAUAUUCUUUUAGUUGAUUUAUUUUUGUAUGUGAUCUCGAUUUUAUUCAAAAUUAGCACAAUAUUUGAGAACUUGUCUUUUGUUUGAAAAUAGUUUCUUUUAUUAACUUUUCGUUGUAAAUUACAAAGUGUAUUUGAAAUAAACAUAUUCAAAUUACA